CUUCGCUGGUUACUGGUCACAAGCGGACUGACCCGGCUCCUCCCUCGGUCCGCCGUGACAAGUUUAUCUUGUGACUGCCGCCCCUGCUUUUUCCUUCCUAGACUUCAGAGCCUUCUUAUCCACGAUGCGUUUCCUGACCGCCACGACCCUACUGCUGGCGCUCGUCGCCGCCACCCAGGCUGAGCCCCUGCGCUUCAAGGACUGCGGGUCUAAAGUUGGACUUAUAAAGGAGGUGAAUGUGAGCCCGUGUUCCACCCAGCCCUGUGAGCUACACAAAGGCCAGUCUUACAGUGUCAAUGUCACCUUUACUAGCAGCACUCAGUCGGAAAACAGCUCCGCCACAGUGUACGGCAUCCUGGCAGGACUUCCUGUCUUCUUCCCGAUUCCUGAGCCUGAUGGUUGUAAGUCUGGAAUCAAAUGUCCCAUCCAGAAAGACAAGACCUACAGCUACCUAAAUAAACUGCCCGUGAAGAGUGAAUACCCCUCCUUAAAGCUGGUGGUGAAAUGGGAACUUCAAGACGACAAAAAGCAAAACCUCUUCUGCUGGGAGAUCCCUGUGGAGAUCAAGGGCUAAACUCUGUGUCUGGGGGGGUGGGGGUGGUAAGGCCAUGGCUGGAGAGAGGGGAAGAAACAGAAGAGAAAUCAGACCUGUAAUUGAACCAGUGCCGGAUGAACAGAAUUUCAAGACUGCUACUUUAUGCCUCUCAAUCUCCAGAAACGUAUCUGUGACCCUCUCUUGAGAGCUCAAGCUCUUGUCCCGUCCAUAGCCUUCCUUGAGGCCACAGAACAGAAGAGGGAUACUGGGAUAGAGUAGUCUCCAUGACUGUUUGCUGUUGGGUUAAGGUCGUGAUACUGGGAUAGAGUAGUCUCCAUGACUGUUUGCUGUUGGGUUAAGGUCGUUCGCCCCACCAGACAGGUCGGGAGGAGGUUGCUUAGGGAUGUCAGAUAACUUGACCCAGGGCUAUGGAUCCACUGUGAAGGAUGGUUUCUGAGAGACUCCCCUCUAGCUGGGGGGUAUUACCUCUACAGGUACCUCGUCUCUUAAGUGCCUCCUGAGUCCCGUGCACCUGGCUAGUCAGUCUACUGAGUCUUGAUAGUACCCUCGGCCCCGAUGCUUCAACAAUAGUGACCACCUUUCCAGCUUCCAGAGACUGGCUGAGAGGUGUUCUACAGCAGAAACUUAGCUCUGGAUGCUUAGCUCUGCUUCUUUGUAGCUAGCUCUUGUUUCUUGUUCUUUGGUGGUUUUCAUUAAAGACAAUACUUGCUUGCA